AUGGCCCGCUCGGCCUGCGGGUUCUCAGUCGCACUGCUGGGGGCCCUGCUGCUGGGCACAGCGCGCCUGCUGCGCGGGACAGAAGCAUCUGAGAUUCUUCUGCCCGUCGGAAGCGGUGUUACGGUGCACAUGAAGCUGGUGAGUCCAGCCCUUCCUGUGAAACCCUGCUACAUCGUCAUGUCUAGACAGCAUGUGACCGAGUUGAUUAUCAGUCCUGGAGAAAGGAAAUCUUUUACCUUUAGCUGCAGCAAUCCGGAGAAGCACUUUGUCUUGAAGAUUGAGAAGAAUAUUGACUGCAUGUCGGGCCCAUGCCCUUUUGGGGAGGUUCGUCUUCAGCCGUCCACAUCAGAACUGCCCAUCCUCAACAGAACCUUCAUCUGGGAUGUUAGGGCUCAUAAGAGCAUUGGCUUGGAGCUGCAGUUCGCAACACCUCGACUGAGGCAGAUUGGACCGGGAGAGAGCUGUGCAGAUGGGGUGACUCACUCCAUCAGUGGACAUAUAGAUGCCACCGAGGUCAGGAUCGGGACCUUCUGCAGUAACGGCACCGUGUCCCGGAUCAAGAUGCAAGAGGGCGUGAAAAUGUCCUUGCACCUGCCCUGGUUCCAUCCCAGGAACUUCUCAGGCUUCAGUAUUGCAAAUCGAUCAUCUAUCAAACGCCUGUGCAUCAUUGAGUCAGUAUUUGAGGGUGAAGGCUCAGCAACCCUGAUGUCAGCCAACUACCCAGGAGGCUUCCCUGAAGAUGAGCUUAUGACCUGGCAGUUUGUUGUCCCUGCACACCUAAGGGCCAGUGUCUCCUUCCUCAACUUUAAUGUCUCCAACUGUGAAAGGAAGGAGGAACGCGUCGAAUACUAUAUCCCAGGAUCUACCACCAACCCAGAGGUGUUCAGGCUGGAGGACAAACAGCCAGGAAACAUGGCUGGAAACUUCAACCUCUCGCUGCAAGGCUGCGACCAGGACGCCCAGAGCCCAGGGAUCCUUCGGCUCCAGUUUCAGGUCCUGGUCCAACGUCCGCAGAAUGAAAGCAGUAAAACUUACACGGUGGACCUGAGUCAAGAGCGAACCAUGUCGCUCACCAUAGAGCCACGGCCAGUCAAACAUGGCCGCAGGUUUGUUCCUGGGUGCUUCGUGUGUCUAGAGUCUCGGACUUGUAGUACCAAUGUCACCCUGACAGCUGGCUCCAAACACAAGAUUUCCUUCCUGUGCGAUGACUUGACACGCCUGUGGGUGAAUGUGGAGAAAACCCUAAGCUGUGUGGACCACCGCUACUGCUACAUGAAGUCCUUCAACCUCCAGGUGCCUCCAGACAUCCUUCAGCUGCCUGUGCAGCUGCACGACUUCUCCUGGAAGCUGCUGGUGCCCAAGGACAGGCUCAGCCUUAUGCUGGUGCCAGGCCAGAAGCUACAGCAGCACACUCGAGAGAGGCCUUGUAACACCAGCUUUGGCUACCACGUGGCCAGCAACACCCCUGGCCAGGAACUGUACUUUGGUUCCUUCUGCCCAGGAGGCUCCAUCGAGAAGAUCCAGGUGAAGCAAAACAGCGUGGUGACACUACGAACAUAUGCUCCCAGCUCUCAACAGGAAGUCUCCAAGCAGUGGAGUCUCCUAACAGUGUCCUUCAUACCGUACUUCAAAGAGGAAGGCAUCUUCACAGUGACCCCAGACACAAAAAACAAGGUCUACCUGAGGUCACCCAACUGGGACCAUGGCCUGCCUGCCCUCUCCUCAGUGUCUUGGAACAUCAGUGUGCCUAGCAACCAAGUGGCUUGUCUGACCUUCUUCAGAGAGCGUUCUGGCUUGGCCUGCCAGUCAGGGCGUGCUUUCAUGAUCAUCCAGGAGCCUCAGACCCGGGCCGAGGAGAUCUUCAGCCUGGAGGAGGAAAUCCUGCCUAAGCCAAGUUUCCACCGUCACAGCUUCUGGGUUAACAUCUCCAACUGCAGCCCCAUGAAUGGCAAGCAGCUAGAUUUGCUCUUCUGGGUGACUCUUACACCAAGGACUGUGGAUUUGGCUGUCAUCAUUGGUGCAGCAGGAGGUGGAGCUCUGCUGCUAUUUGCCCUGGGACUCAUCAUCUGCUUUGUGAAAAAGAAGAAGAAGGUGGACAAGGGUCCUGCUGUGGGUAUCUAUAACGGCAAUGUCAAUACCCAGGUGCCCCAGACCCAAAAGUUCCAGAAAAGGCGAAAGGACAAUGACUCCCAUGUGUAUGCUGUCAUCGAAGACACUAUGGUAUACGGACACUUGCUGCAGGACUCGGGUGGAUCCUUCACCCAACCAGAGGUGGACACCUACCGGCCCUUCCAGGGCCCCAUGGGAGACUGCCCUCCCACCCCACCCCCUAUAUUAUUCUCCAGGACCCCAACUGCAAAGUUCACUGCAGAUGAGCUGGCUCCUAGUAGCCCUCCUGAGUCUGAGAGUGAACCCUACACUUUCUCACACCCCAACAAAGUGGAGGUAGGUGUCAGGGAGACUGGCAUCCCCUUACUCAACAUCCAGGGACCAGUGGAGGAGACUGAAGAGUAAUGUGGCCCCCUUCCAAAGACUUUGCUGAGAUGCAUGGUACCAGACAUUGAGACAUGAAGAACUGUCCCGUCAAGAAGUCCCAGGGGAGCUCAAUCAGCUAAAAGGAAGAGCAGCUUUUAUAAGGUGCCAUCACAUCUUGUUCUUCUUGUGGACUUCUCCCAGGGAUGAGCAAAUCACGGCUUCUGGCAGGAAUGCCAUUCUAAAGCUCAGGCCUUUCUGAACUCAGGUUGUGUUGGGGCUGGCCGCAGGGACAGAAGAGAGACACGGUCCACCCAGACAGGACUACGAUGAGCCCUGGAUCCCUGGAUUCCCAAUCACAAGCAGAGACUUAGUUGAUUCCCAGGAGCUCCGCUUGAGGUCUCUGCUCUCACUGGAGUCCUAUGGAUGGAAAUGACAAUGUGCUUUUUUAAUAGUAGUAGUAGUAGUAUUUAUUUGGAGGCCCUGUAUGUUUUUAGAAGGUUGGAUGUGGAGCUGAGGUUGGUAGAAUGCUUGCCUGACUUGCACAAAGCUCUGGGCUCCAACCUCAGGACUACAUAAAAGCAGGCAGGAUGGUGCACACCUGUAAGUUCGGGAGGAUCGGAAUUUCAAGUCAUCAUCAAGUAUGCAGUGAGUUGAAGGCCCGCCCUCCUGGUCUGUGCAGGACCCUCUUGAGAACACACACCACUCUUCUGACCCCUGUAGUAAUGACUCGUGCUAACUGGUUUGCCCAGCUAUGCUUUGAGGUUUUGCAGACCACUAGAUAAAUGUGCACCUGGGAGGUAGAUGGUGAUCUACCCAGCCAGAAGAGUAUCUGCAUGUGUGUAUCUCUUACUCAGUAAUAGAUUUCCUGUUCCUCCUUGACUGCAUACAGCUGUCCCCCUGCAGAAUUUACCACAGAUCCCCUCCUUGAGCUGCCCUGUGUGUUGUGUGGCUCUCCCGGCUGCAGCAAUACUUUAACAUGUAGACAGAAAAAUUGAGAAUAACUGAUUCUUUAAAAAUAUAUAAAUAUGGGCAGUGGUGGUGCAUGCCUUUAAUCCUAGAACUUGGGAGACAGAGGCAGGCAUAUCUCAGUGAAUUUGAGGCCAACCUGGACUAUAGAGUGAGUUCUAGGACAGCCAGGGCUACACAGAAACUCAGCUAUACAGUGUGACAGUGUGUAUAUACAUUAUAUAUAUAUAUAUAUACAUAUACAUAUAUGUAUAUAUAUAUAUAAAACAUACACGCACACCAGACACUGCUGUCUGUAUCAAUUUCAUGGUAUUACUGCAGCCCAUCCUUUGGUGGCUUAGAAACUGCAUGGAUUCAGUUCUGGAGCUCAGAAUACCCAAACUAGCUUGACUGAACUAAAACCAGGGUGUUGUUAAAGCUGGGCUUCCAAGGCUCUCAGAAUUUCCUUGCCUUUCCCAGCAUCUAGAAGCAUCCAUGGCCAAGCUAGCCUGUCUGUCUGUCUGUCUUGGUAUGACUGGUCACUAAUUGAACUACUUGCUACUUUAACUUGCAGAUCCAAUGUAGUUCCCAUAUCAACAGCCUUAACUUAAUCACCUGGGGAAAGUCCCUUUCCUGUGUUUCAGGUACCGCAUCCACUGGCUGGAAGGUGUGAGCAUCUCUGAGGGUAAGAGGAAGACAUUGUUCUACCUCUCCCACCCUCCUGCCGCUGGUACUCUAAGGAGACCAUACAAAAUGACUCAGCCUAAAAAGUAUUUGGUUUUGCCGGUAGAUAUAUCUUUUUAAGUUUAUUUUUUUUUUCCUAACGAUCCAGCUCGGAGGACUUGUUCACGCUGGACACAUAUCCUUGACCAAGAUGUCCAGCUGAAGUGAGUCCCAGGUGGCUCUGGCCCUCCACUAGGACAUCCAAGACGACUUAGUCCCUGUCUCACCUGGUCGCCUCUACUCUGAGGCCAUGUGCUUUUGGCUUAGAUUGACCCUGAAUUGUAUGAAAAGCAAAGGAGGCGCUUCCAACACGUACAGAGUGAGGAGACAUCGAUACCCUCCAUCAUACCCUGCCGUGAUGUAGAGGGAAAGCCAUAGUAGCUCAGGACUCCGGCAAACCUUCUCCGGGAAAUAAAUGUGACUCAUGAUUCUCAGGGAAUUGACCUUGGAAAGGCUACAUCUUUCCCAUGCAGCCUCUGAGGCAGAGCUCCUGGCCCUCUUGAGUUGUCUGCAACAAGGAGAGGGUUCACUUUGUAAUCACACCCUAGGGAUGUUCAUGCACCUUUUCUUUCAGUAAAUUUGCCUCUAACUCCUUUCCAGGAGAGAAGGUUGUCUCCUACCCUCCUACCCAACUACCCAAGGUGCUGAUGACCCUCCAUGAGGGGCCAGGACAGCUGCAGCUCCUUCCUUCUCCUGGAAUCACCACGCUGAGCAGGGGCCCUGUGUCCUUCCUCCAAUGCCUUCUCCCUUCUAGCACCCCUUGAGGAGACUGUUAGUCUCAUAUGUUGGUUCUUACUGUGUCAGCCCAGUACCCUUCUACCUUGAUUCUGCUGACUUAGCACCCGUUGGCUGGGCCUGUGGCUGUGUAUGGAAGGAAAAGGUUGAUUCUUCCAUGGGGACGAGCCAAAGUCCAUCAGCUGUAAAUCCAGUAUAGGUUGGAAGACCAGUCUGUGGAUCUGCAAAGCAUGUAUGAAAAAUAUUUAUUUAAUGACAGAUAACAUCGUAUUCAUUUACUUUUAUAAAUAAACUGAU